ACCCCAACCCGAGCUAAUAGGCCCGACCGAUAAGGAAUGAAUUCAAGAUUUUUGGUGGUUUGAUCUGUGUAGACGUUUAUAGAUUAUGAUCGACUUGUUUCGGUGGAGAUCCAGAAAUCUUUUGGUUUUCGAUAAUGAAUGACGAUUACGAGGUUGAGCAAAAGAAGCAAAGUGCUGCAGAUGUUACGUUUCAGUAUUCAAAUUUUGUGAUGGCAUGUAUUGGAUUUCAAGCUCGGCCUUGUGACAUGAGAUUGCAUUUAAUGAAGGAGAUAUCGGGGAUGCCAGCUUCGCUGAAGAGGGAAACAUCGCAAGUAGCUGCAUCUCCAGAUGCAAUGGGGGAAACAUCAAGCUCAGGUACUGCAAGACUUGAGAAAGCCGACAGUUUUCGUGCCUUGUAGCAAUAUCUAUGCUCAUUAUGUUUCUAUUCGUAAUUUGCUCUUUGUGGGUUUCAAUCUGUGCCCUUUAAGACUAUAUCUUGUACAGUUAUCUUUUAUUUCCUAAAUUGACAGAAUGUUGUGUCCAUUAGUGGGCUAUUGUUGCCUGUAAAAUUCAUCUUAAGAUUGAUGUGCAUCAUCAUGUUGUACCUUAUGUUGGUUAAACUUGCAUCAAAAAGUUGUACCUCAAAAACAUCC